UGAAGCACAUUGCUGAUGCAGUGCGCACAUACGCCGGCGAUAUGCGAUGUGCAGAGUCCUGGCGUGAAAGGAAGGAGGCCCUACUUCAACGCUGCACCUGUGUCGAAAAUGAAUGCCACAGUACGAGUAAACCAAUGCCUUGCCGACCUGGAUGAGGCGUAUUGGUUUAUCUAUGGGCUGACUGGCGGAUGUGCUUUGCUGCUGCUCAUCUGCGCUCUCCUGAUUGCACUAUGCAGCCAUUACAAAAAACGUGCCAACCAUGCAGAGAAGAAAGUCAAGGAGAAGGAAGUCAAAGAAAAGGAAAGUCAGCCUGGCACCACAGUCUCAGGGGUGGUUCGGCAUCGCUCGUUUCCUACAGGAUUGUCGGGGGUCUCAUUAGGUGACAUGGAUGUCAACCCGAAUUACACUCAGUCAUCGCCUAUGGUUAAGCCGAUCAUAGAGGAACCUGCACCAUCUGCAAACUAUGACACACUCUGCCGAGAACAAUGUUCAGAUGUUGUGAGUGCAGACAACCCUCCACGUCCGUAUGACCAAGUGCAACAACAACGGCAGCAGCAGGGGCAGCAACACCUAUAUGAACCAGUGCAACAGCAACAACAGCACGGCCACACGCCGACCAUGGACAAACGCCCCACGCACGUACACAGUGACAGCGGCGUAGGGACCUCGGGCUAUGCCAGUGCCACGGAAAUGUCCGGCACCUCACUGCCACUCCCUCGUAGAAUAUUACCCAAGGAGACUGAUGGCAGUAGUAGUUUGGGCGGCGGGACUGAGGCCAGUGAGACUGAUAUUGAUGGCGGUUACGCGCCAAUGAACAAGAAAACAAUCCUUUGGGACAACAUCAUCUAUAAUGAAAGACCGUGGGACAAUCAGCAUGCUGCAGUGCAGCCAUCAUUCAACUGGUCACCAGCAUCCACAAUGCCUCUCUCCACUGAUUCAAGAUCAAGGACAUAUGAAUAUUCAUCCCUCUCUGAAGCGUCGACCAUGCCCAGGGAUCAGAAGCCACUGCAGCAUGGUCCUUCGCACCUAGCCAAAGGAAAGAGCCUACCAUUCGCUCACCGCCAGCAGACACCUGGCUCUGGGAGCCCUCAGGUCGGCCGUGCGUCAACCCUGCCAUCAUCGUCGCGACAUGCAGCCAGUCACAUGAUGCGAUCAAACAGCAGCCGUUGCCCGGAGUAUGGCAAUGAUCAGUCGCCACCCGAGUACACAGAAAUGACUGUCAAUCAAAGCAUACCCUGUGAUACUUCUUCACGACCGCCAGCACCAUCGCCGGUAGACUCUCCAACACACAAGCCCGACGAGCCAGUUGCUUACCAAAACGUUGUCACAAAGCAAGUCAGUGGAAAUAGCCUGCUGUCGCGCUUGCAGCACCGCCAGCUAUCACAUCCUGUGAGAACAGCUGCUUCCAGAGCCGCCGCCCGGCCCAGUUCAGCAGGAACUCGCCUUGCGGGCAAUGUGCAAUACGAUGAUGUUGAACUUGAACUACAUCACAGUGUGUCACUGGACGAUGUGGGGGAAUAUGUGCCCAAAUCACCUGCCCCCGGACUAUCCAACGGGCGCACUCCAGUACCGCAUGGGAUGAGAAAGAAGUACUCCGGCCUGUACGGCGUCUCUCCGGUGGCUAGUAACUUUCGUCUGACCAACACCAGCACCGUCGGUGAGGACGGCCCGCAGUACGAGAUCUUUCCUGCACGCAGCAUGCCAGACUUGACGUCAUGAACUUCUGGACAGGACAAGGCUGCCGUCAGCAGCUGCUUCACUCUGUGGCCGGAGGGCCACACAGGGCCUAGGGGAUGCCACCAUGGACGCUAGUGUUAAUAACAUCUGAUGUAGGUAUGUGCAGGUAUGUGCCAGUAUAUCAGUAUCUACAUGUGUUGCUGCUCUUGACUUUACUAACCGCAUGAAAAUGGUAGAGCUUGAUGGGUGCUGGCAUCCCUUACCCCUCACCCUCUGUUGUUGGGUGCAGGCAUCCUCAUCCUCCCUUUAGACUUCUGCAAAAAAAUGGAGUGGUCCUCUUGUCCCCCGAACAUGCUCGUGCUAAUGCUCACUGUUGCUAACCCAAGAGAAAUCAUCCUGCGAUGAUUAUCAUGGGUCAGAGUGAUUGUCGCUGACCAGAACCACUCAUUGCUUGAUAACAGUUACUGUAUGCUGUGUUGUCGGUUAUUGUUGUUAACUCCUGUAUAUCGAUGAUCGCUUGCCGAGAAUCGUACACGCCGCAAGCGCUUUACCACUAGUCGAGCAUGAUAGUUUCUGGCUUACAAAUGUAGAGUCCGUGUUUUGGACAGCGGAUGCACAUCAUAGUUACCUCAUUGUACAUACAAUUACAUGUAUUUAUGGAGUGGCUGGACCAUCUCUCUCUCUCUAUAUAUAUAUAUUCCUUCUCUCCUUUCUCUCUCUCUCUCUCUCUCUCUCCUAGAACCUAGAACCUACAAGCUAUUGUAUGGUAGUUUAAAGCAUCAGGGCCAACACAUGAUUCACUAUUUUGAAGUCGCACGCACCACUUCUGGUUUAGUUACAGGUUCUUUGGAUUCCUCAAAUUGA